GAUUGGAGGAUGUUUAAUCCUUUUACAAAUUUGGGCAUGGGAAAGGUUGCCGAUGUUUUGCCCACAAGGUCAUCUCCCUUUGGAGAGUAUUUUAGAUUUCCCAUAUGCUGCUAGGUGGGCAUGUCAUCAUGAUUGACAACAAACAAACAGAUUUUCGUUACGGAUAUACAUGGACCAACUAGAUCGGAUCACGGAAGAUUUUCGUUACGGAUAUACAUGGACCAACUAGAUCGGAUCACGGAAGAUGAGGUAUACUUCAUUAUUAUCAACCACCCCAAUAAUUCACCCUCCUGCUGCUAACACUCACUAUAAAAACAACACUUCACACACUAAUUCUUACCACUCAUAUCUCUCAUUUCUAUCACUUAUAACUCUCAUUUUUUUCACUUCCUCCACAAAUAAAAAUGUCAAGUGAGCAGAACAUAAUAGUUCUCGUUCAUUGGAAUGGGGUAUUGACCAAUGUUGACAACGAAGUCAAAUACUCUUCAUUUCCGAAUGCGGUGCUUUUUUUAAACGCCGAUGUUAGCUACUCAACAUUGUGUGAGAAUGUACUUUCUCAGAUUUCUCGUGAUGGUUUAAAUGAAAUUAAAACCAUUCACGGAAAAUUUCCUUUUGAUACUAGAGAUGGUGUGUGUGCAUCUAUGCCGUGGCCCAUACAUGAUGAGCCGUCGUGGAUCUAUUUUGUCCAAAUAGUUUCGAACGUAUAUAAUCGUUUGGAGGUAUUCAUUGAUGCAACCAAUAGGGAUGUGGUUAUUCCAUUGCACGAAGGCCCCUCUAGGCGGCGGCGCAACCCGAUGCCAUCUACAUUAAAUCAAGGUCCUUCAAUGGUCCAUAUGGAUUCCUCACAUGAGGCCGUGGAGGAUGAAGAUGACCCUGACUACAACAAUCUUUCAUUUUCGGAAGAGGAGAGCGCUUCCGAUGAUAGUGAUGAUAGUCAUGACUCGUCUUGGGCUGUGCCACACAACCAAGAGGAUCCGUUUGUUGAACCCGCCUACCGUGUGGAAGAUCCAAUACAUGUGGGAAGGAUAUAUGCUUCGUUUGACGAACUCAAAAAAGCAGUCUCUAUUCAAACCUUGAAAGAGUACCGAGCAUUCGAGAAUGUGUCAAAACGUCCUACAUACUGGAGGGCCAAAUGCGUCCAUCCAGAGCAAUGUUCAUGGCACAUUCAAGCAGCACAAGUGAAGGACACUGACUCUUGGAAAGUAAAUCAGUAUCAACCCCGCCAUAAUUGCAUUCCGACUUACACAAGAGCCAAAAUCGACAAACUGCUUACAAGUAAGUUCAUCGCUUCUGAAAUAAGUUCUACGAUUCGCAUAAAACCAGACUAUAGUAUUAAGCUAAUAAUGAAUGACAUACACCAAAAGUAUAACAUUCGUGUUGGAUAUAAGAAAGCAUGGUAUGCGCGUAUAUUAGCAUUGGAGCAACGGUUCGGUAAUUGGGAGACAUCGUACAACGAUCUUCCAAAUGUCUUACAAGCAGUGGCGUAUACUAACCCAGGGAGCAUAAUUGAUAUUCAAAGUGAUAACACCAACACCCAAGGAACAUAUGAGUUUAAAUUUGCAUUUUGGUCAAUAAAAGCGGCGAUUGACGGCUUCAAUCACUGUCUUCCGGUGGUGUCAAUUGAUGGAACUCACUUGUAUGGCAAGUACAAGGGUCAUCUCCUAAUCGCGGUGGCAAUGAAUGCCAACCGUGAAAUCUACCCUCUAGCAUUUGGAGUGGUAGAUAGUGAGAAUGGUGCUAGUUGGAAGUGGUUCUUACAAUUGCUUGUGACACAUAUCAUACUCACUGAUCGAAAUGUUUGCAUCAUCUCCGAUAGGCAUGCGGCUAUAGAUUAUGCAUUUCGAAAUGUGGAACAAUUGGGAACACCUCGAAUUCAGAGACGUUAUUGUCUUCGCCACAUUAGAAGCAAUUUCAUGACCCAAUUUAGAAGUAAACAACUAAAGAAAUUGUGUUGGCAGGCGGAAAGUACCCCAAUUGUAAGUGAAUUUCAUCAGUACAUGCAACAAAUUCGGGGUACUAACGAGAGAGCUUUCAAGUAUUUAAAUGACAUUCCUCAAGAAAAGUGGGCACUUUGUUUUGAUGGUGGUUGUCGAUAUGGUAUUUUAACGACAAAUCUUUCAGAAAGUUUCAACAAUGCUCUCAAACGAUGUAGGACAUUGCCAAUCAGUGCCCUUGUGCGAGCGACUUUUGACAAACUAGUCCAGCUCUUCGCCCAACGUCGUACUGAUGUGGCAACAAGCUGGAUAUCAUUUUCCGGACAACAUUCGGAAAGAGCUUAUGGAGCGUUGGCAACAAAGACCUCGCACUGUGGUUCUUCCACACAACCAUUACACAGGAAUUUACUCGGUCUCCAUAGAAAAUGCAACACCUGUUACGGUGAAUCUAUCCAGACGUGUUUGUGACUGCGGUUGUUGGAGGAUGAACGGAAUGCCAUGCGUCCAUGCACAUUCUGUGUGCCAUUUUCUAAAUUGCCGUGUUGAUUAUCUUAUUCCUGAGGUAUACAAACUGAGUUCUU